AUGGAUUUUUUGUACACCUUGUUGACUUUCAUAGCCUUCUCUUUUCUGGGUAUCUUCCUAGCCUUGUGUUUCAUCAUGCUGAACAUGAUCAUGGGAAAAUCAAUAGGGGAUUCAGAUUAUGCACCUGUAAAAGGCACAGUGUUUAACCAGCUAUUCUACUUCAACACCCUCCAUGAUUAUCAUACUGAAAUGGCCAAAACUCAUCCAACUUUAAGGCUUCUGACUCCUGAUCAAAGCGAAUUGUACACCAUAGACCCACGAAAUGUUGAACAUAUAUUGAAAACCAACUUUGAUAAGUAUUCCAAAGGCAAGUAUACCCAAGAUAUAAUUUCUGAUCUUUUUGGUGAAGGGAUUUUUGUUGUUGAUGGUGACAAGUGGAGGCAGCAAAGAAAGCUCGCAAGCUAUGAAUUCUCCACAAGAGUUCUUAGAGAUUUCAGUUGUUCUGUUUUUAGAAGGAAUGCUGCCAAGUUGGUCAGAGUUAUCUCAGAAUUUUCCCAUGAGGAUCAGGUUUUUGAUAUGCAAGACAUACUAAUGAGAUGCACUUUGGACUCCAUAUUCAAAGUUGGUUUUGGAACGGAGUUGAAUUGCUUAGAGGGAUCAAGCAAAGAGGGAAGUGAAUUCAUCAAGGUCUUUGAUGAAUCAAAUGCUUUGAUUUAUUGGCGCUAUGUUGAUCCAUUCUGGAGGAUCAAGAGGUUUCUUAACAUUGGUUGUGAAUCUACCCUUAAAAGAAAUGUGAAAAUAAUAGAUGAUUUUGUCCACGGAAUAAUUAAGAACAGAAAAGCGCAAUUGGCAGUUCAGCAAGAAUCUAAUGUCAAAGAGGACAUACUAUCAAGGUUUUUGAUUGAGAGCAAGAAGGAUCAAGCAACUAUGACUGAUCAGUAUUUGAGGGACAUAAUUCUCAACUUCAUGAUAGCUGGCAAAGACACGAGUGCAAACACUCUUUCAUGGUUCUUCUACAUGCUUUGCAAGAACCCUCUUAUAGAAGAAAAGAUUGCACAGGAAGUGAGAGAUGUCACUUGUAGUCAUGAAAGUGAAAUAAACAUAGAUGAAUUUGUCGCCAAUCUAACAGAUGAUACCCUUGAUAAAAUGCAUUAUCUUCAUGCAGCAUUGACAGAGACCUUGAGACUUUACCCUGCAGUUCCUCUGGAUGGAAGAACAGCAGAGGCACCUGAUAUUCUUCCUGAUGGCCACAAACUGAAGAAGGGGGAUGGAGUGUACUACUUGGGCUAUAGUAUGGGUCGAAUGUCUUCCAUUUGGGGUGAAGAUGCUGAGGAGUUUCGUCCUGAAAGAUGGCUCAACAAUGGAAUUUUCCAACCCGAAUCUCCAUUCAAAUUCGUAGCUUUCCAUGCUGGACCCCGUAUCUGCUUAGGGAAGGACUUUGCAUACAGACAGAUGAAAAUAGUAGCAAUGGCUGUUAUUCGUUUCUUCAAGCUUAAACUGGCAAAUGGAACACAAAAUGUGACUUAUAGGGUCAUGUUUACACUUCACAUGGACAAGGGCCUCCCUCUCUCUGCAAUUCCAAGGGUCAUGACUCUUGAUCAGGGUCCAAGUGAAGGGUAG